UAGGAUGGGCAGUGGCAAGUGAUUUUUGUUGCUAAAGAAAGUGGCUAUGGCGCGAGGGUUAAUCCUAUCUUCUUCAACACUCUCUGCAACUUCUCUGUUUUCUUCUUUCUCUAAAACCCCCCUAAAAAGUUUCAAUCUUUCACUCUGUUCUAAACUUUUGCACCAUCACUGUCAACUUCAUGCAUCACCUUCCCAAUGCUCAAUUGAUAUCUCCAAAUACAGAGAAGCAUUUUCCAGAAGAAUGGCCAUGGCUGGACUCAAACCCCACCACCGAAUUGCUUUGGGAGUCUCUGGUGGCCCUGACAGUAUGGCACUGUGUAUGUUAACUGCUGGAUGGAAAACUGCUUGUGCUGAUGUUGUCAGCACUGAGAGUGGUGGUUUCAUAGACGGACUACUAGCUAUAAUUGUUGAUCAUGGACUACGUGCAGAGAGCAAAGGCGAGGCCGGCGUUGUUUCUCACCGUGUUUCUGAAAUGGGAAUCAGGUGUGAGAUUGCCAGCUGUGAUUGGCCAAAUGGCAAGCCGAAACAGGGUCAAUUGCAGGAAGCUGCUCGUGAAAUGAGAUACCAUAUCUUUCAUGAAGUUUGUGCCCAACACCGGAUUGGGGUGUUGCUUAUUGCACAUCAUGCUGAUGAUCAGGCUGAGUUAUUUAUUUUAAGGCUUUCUCGAAAUAGUGGUGUGCUUGGACUUGCAGGCAUGCCUUUCACCUCCCAGAUUUUCCCUACUCAUGCACAUUCCCAUUGCAAAGCUCUGGCAAACCAGGGCAUCCUUCUUGUGCGGCCUCUUCUGGAAUUUUCAAAGGAAGAUAUGUACAAGAUAUGCAAAGGAGGUAGUGAGGAAUGGGUAGAAGACCCAACAAAUCAAAGCCCAUUAUAUACACGUAAUAGGAUUCGAAUGGAACUGAAUAAUUUGUCAUCUUCUGCAUUCAAGUCUGAGCUCCAAAGAGUGAUUUCUGCAUGUCGAAUAACACGCACAUAUGUUGAUCAAAUUUGCUAUAGCUUGUUACAUCAUGCUGUGGUUAUCAUGGAUCUUGGGUAUGCUGUUAUUGAUUUACAGGUUCUUUGUCCUUUGAAAAUUGAGGACAUAUGCCUGAUGAAGUUUCUUUCCUUGGUCUUGCAGUUCAUCUCACAAAGGCAGAGGCAAAUCAGAGGUAGUGCUUUGAAAUUGCUAUUGGACUACAUUCGCACUUUUCCGUGCAAGAACUCUAUUACAGCAGCAGGCUGUUACCUUUGCCCAGAUCCUGGUUCUAGAGGGGCCAGAGUCCUGGUUUGCUGUUCUGUUGACUGUGCUUUGCCUUUAAAGAUGGAAUUUUUUGAGCCGUGCUCUUAUGGACAACAUGAGUAUUGGGUUGCCAAUGAGUUGGGAAAAGUUAUAGAGGAUGAAAAAUCAUAUGCAAAUAACUUGGCUCUAGAUGCAUCAGACAUCCACUUUUUGGAUGUGAAUCCUGAGUUAGUUUUGACUGAAGCCAAAAGACUAAACAUAAUCAGUGAAUCCACCUACAACAGUAUUCUUGUAUUGCAGAAGCAAGAAACCACUCGCUUCAGGUCUAAAACUGAGGCUAUUUCUGAAUCUGCAUCAAAGCAUGGAGUUGAAACUGUUACUUCUUCUGGCAAAUCACUUCAGCCUGGGGAGUUCUGUUACUUCAUGGAUCGAUUCAUUUUCUCAUGGAAGUUAAACAAUAAAAUUGAUAGAGAUGCAAUUCCUGAUUUAGUUGAUUAUGACAUGGACUUGAGUAGCUUUUACUGCACAUCUUGUAUUGGUAAUCAUAAUGAAGUGCCCGAGGUGCGGCACAUGAUUGAAUCUGAUUGGUUGUAUCUAGCUGAGUUAUCAAAAUAUCCACUUUCCAAAAGCUUUCCACAACACAGAGUUAUAUCGAUGAACAGAACCAACCAGAUGAUGGAGAAAACAGAUUCAUGUUUGCACUAUGCCAGUGCAUCGGCUAAAAAAGCUCUCUGGUUGUUAAAAUCUAUCCCAGUUGCUGCAAGGAGAAGCCUGCCUGUUCUGAUCAAUCAACAAGGACAGUUACUGAGCAUUCCAUGUGUCAAUUUCAGGCAUUGCCCCUACUUGAUGGAGCAUGUGGAAUUUAAGCCAAAAAUACCACUUGGGGGAGGUCAUAGUUCAUUCAUAUAGCAAAACAGUGAGAUAAAAAUAAGGAUAACAACUGCAAGAAUGUUUUGGUUGUUGGUUCCCAGUUUGAAAUGAAAAAAGUUUUGUAACCAUCCCUGAGCCCAGCAAAUUUCAAGUCAACCAAAAAGUGCAUGUCAAAAUGGAACAAUAUUCAAGCUGUGACCACACAGCAACCACAAUCUGCUUCUCUUAUCAAUCAAAGUUCAACUUCCUUUCCCAAACCUGGCACAAGAUUCCAGUCAAAGGGGUUCUGGAUCUUAGGCUGAUGGAUAUGAAAGUGUUCAAAGAUGAGAUCAUUAAUGAUACAGUAUAGAAUUUGCCAACGUAACCGAGCAGCAUAUUGGAAUUACCUUUUCAAAGAUUUACAAUUGAGCUUUAAGAGUUCACUCAUUUAUAUACUUGCUAGUAAUAACAAACAAGACACAAGCUUGUUGCUGAAGAGUAUCUUAGAAAACCUGGUAAAUUGAAGGAUCGAGAUUUCUUGAGGUUUUAUUAGGAAACUUGGUAAGUGAUCAUCAUGAAAGACAGCUAACAGGUUUUGUAAGGAAUGUA